AUGAAUGGGUACUUGAACGAAUCCAACUUCACGAUGGUGGAGGAGGGUUUCACCACCAGGGACCUCCUGGAGAACCUCCUGGUGGGGCUGUGCCCGUUGAGCGCCCAGCAAGCCUUCUUCGUGGCAGACCUCGGGGACAUCGUGAAGAAACACCUGCGCUUCCUGAAGGCCUUGCCCCGCGUGAAGCCCUACUUCCCUGUUAAGUGCAACAGCAGCGGAGGAGUGGUUCGGCUGCUGGCUGAGCUGGGGGCAGGCUUCGCCUGUGCCAACAAGACAGAGAUUGCAGCGGUCCAGAGCAUCGGGGUCCCGGCUGACAAGAUCUUCUACAGCAGCCCCUGCAAGCAGAUUGCCCACAUCAAAUACGCAGCCAGCCACGGCGUGCGGCUGAUGGCCUUUGACAACGAGGUGGAGCUGGGCAAGGUGGCCAGGAGCCACCCUCACGCCAGGAUGCUUUUGGGUAUUGCUGCUGACUCCAGCCCCUCUGCCCAUCCCAGCAUGAUGUUUGGUGCCACGCUCAAGUCCUGCCGGCGCCUGCUAGAGGCAGCGAAGGCGCAGGCUGUGGAGGUUGUUGGCAUCAGCUUUCACCUCGGGAGCUGCAGCCUGGAGCCCCAGGGCUUUGCCCAGGCUGUCGCUGAGGCGCAGCUGGCGUUUGACAUGGGCGCAGAGCUGGGCUAUCAGAUGCACCUCCUGGACAUCGGAGGGGGAUUUCCUGGCACCGAGGACGCCAGAGCUCAGUUCGAGGAGAUCGCUGCUGUGAUAAACUCUGCCUUGGACACGUAUUUCCCGGAGGGCUGCGGGGUGGAGAUCGUUGCGAGACCCGGGCGAUACUAUGUCACCUCGGCCUUCACUCUCGCAGCCAGCAUCACCGCCAAGGAAGAGGUUCCCGCGGAGCAGCCGGGCUCUGAUGGGGAAGAGUCUGGCAGCAAGAAGAGCCUCAUCUACCACCUCAGCGACGGCAUCUAUGGAGCCUUCAGCUGUGUCCUGUUUGACAGCCCCUGCCCGAAGCCUCUGCUGCACAAGAAGCCUUGCCCAGACCACCUCUUAUGCAGCAGCCUCCGGGGUCCGCCGGGGCACUCAGAGGACCGGAUUGCCGAAGGCAUGGAGCUGCCCGAUCUGCAGGACGGCGACUGGCUGAUUUUCCAGGACAUGGGUGCAUACACCAUCGCCGCGUCGCCCCUGCUGGGUGGGUGCUCCCAGCCACAGGUCACCUACGCCAUGUCGCGCCUGGCCUGGAAGGCCGUCCAGCUCUUCCAGGGGAAGCCGCUGCCGGCAGAAGACGACCACGAGAGCGCCUGCACCCCCUUGUCGUGCGGCUGGGAGAUGGUGGAGUCGCUCUGCAUCCCCCCGGUCUUUGCUCCGGCCGGCAUCAUCUGAGCAGCACGGGGAUGGGGAAGGUGCUGUGCCAGCACCCCUGCGCCCGCACCCCGUC